UAAUGACUUACUAGAGCAAAGGCUCAUGUCCUGCGCUUGUCACUGUCCAGGAUGGGUCAGUGGGGGCUGGGCAGCAAAAUGCUGUCUUCCAUGCAGUGAUUCGGGGACCUAAGCUGCUUCUGUCUGGGGUCUGCUGGUUUCCAGACUUGGGACUCCUCUCUGGCUCUUCUAUAUUUGGCCACAGGCAUGAGAAGAAAGGUGUACGGUUGGGUAGGAGUGUUUUGGCCAGGCCUGUUGGGAUUCUUCCCUUUCACUGAUAUUCCAGUGGUCAGUACUCAGUUACCCAGCAACAGCCCAACCUGGGAUACAUGGUCUCUGUCCCCAGGAGGAAAAGGGAAUGGGGUUGGCAAGCUUGCAGCAUUACCUUGGCCAGACCAGAAUACUCAGAUCACCAAAGUUGCAUUUUAAGAGUGUAUUUUCAAGUCCUCAGAAGGUCUCUGGCCAUAGAGCAGAUGCAGAGCAUAGUGGUCAAGAGCAUGACCUCAAUUCAGAUUCCCUGAAUUCAAAUCCCACCUCCAUCACUUAUCAGCUGGACGACUGCACGCUGCAGCUCUCCCACAAUGGUACUUACCUGGACUUGGAGGCCACGCUGGCCGAGCAACGGGACGAGUUAGAAGGCUUCCAGGAUGACGCUGGGCGGGGCAAGAAGCAUAGCAUCAUCCUAAGGACACAGCUGUCUGUGAGGGUCCAUGCCUGCAUCGAAAAACUAUACAACUCCACUGGACGAGAUUUAAGAAGGGCCCUCUUCUCCCUGAAGCAGAUAUUUCAGGAUGACAAGGAUUUGGUGCAUGAAUUUGUAGUGGCUGAAGGUCUGACGUGUUUGAUCAAGGUGGGAGCUGAGGCAGAUCAGAACUAUCAGAACUACAUUCUGAGGGCUUUGGGCCAGAUUAUGUUGUACGUGGAUGGGAUGAAUGGAGUAAUAAACCACAAUGAAACCAUUCAGUGGCUGUACACUCUCAUUGGGUCCAAGUUCCGCCUGGUGGUGAAGACAGCCCUGAAGCUGCUGCUGGUCUUUGUGGAAUACUCGGAGUCCAAUGCACCUCUGCUGAUUCAGGCCAUCUCCGCCGUGGACACGAAAAGGGGAGUCACACCCUGGUCAAAUAUCAUGGAAAUCCUGGAGGAAAAGGAUGGGGUCGACACGGAAUUGCUGGUUUACGCGAUGACUUUAGUGAACAAGACCUUGUCCGGUUUGCCAGACCAAGACACCUUCUACGACGUGGUGGACUGCCUGGAGGAGCUGGGCAUUGCAGCUGUGUCCCAGCGGCACUUGACCAAGAAAGGGACUGACCUGGACUUGGUGGAGCAGUUGAACAUCUAUGAGGUGGCACUCCGGCUGGAGGAUGAGGACGAGACGGCAGAGCCGCCCCCCAGCGGCUGCCGCGACCGCAGACGGGCCAGCGUGUGCUCGGGAGGCACGGGCAGUGAGCCCCGGGGCCUGGACCGCAGGCGGAGCCGCAGGCACUCGGUGCAGAACAUCAAGAGCCCCAUGUCGCCCCCGUCCAGCCCCUGCCCCUUGUCGGCUCCCGACUUCAAGCCCAGUCAAGUGCGAGAUCUCCGGGAAAAGGUUGAGGAGGAGGAGGAGGAGGAGCAGCCAAUCACGGAGCCCAAUUCAGAGGAGGAGAGAGAGGACGAUGCCCCCUGUCAGGGCAAGGACAGUGAGGCCCACCCUGCCUCGGAGCAGGUUGCCACCGGAAAGGAUGCAGCCCUCGCCGCUGCCUCGCCGGGGAAGCCGCUGCCGGCCAGCGCUGCAGCGGGGACCCCCUCGGGCAGAGGGUCCUCGGGGCCCGCGCUGCGGCCGCCCCCCAGCCCCACCCCGGCCGCUCGGCCCCCCUCCACUGCACCCGCUGCCCCGAAGGCGUCACCCAGCAGAGAGAAGCUGCCCUACGUGCCCCACAGCCCCUUCCACCUCUUCUCCUAUGACUUUGAGGAUUCGCCCUUGUCCACCAAGGAGAAGGAAGCCGAGUCCCACCAGGAAAGCAGUUCCUCUGAUUCUCUCCAUCUGAGCACAUAUUCUGCCUCCGAGCCUUACAACUUCCGGUCUUUCUCUUCUAAUAGAUACAGCAACUUCGGCAACAACUCUCAUCACUCCUCGAGGCCUUCGUCUGGAUCCGGUGUGCCCACCACCCCCACGUCAUCACUCUCACCCCCACAGGAGGCCAGGCCGGAAAGGUCAUCACUGAGUGGUCUUCUCACGUCAUCCUUUAGGCAGCACCAAGAGUCCUUGGCAGCAGAGAGAGAGAGGCGGCGACAGGAGAGAGAGGAAAGGUUGCAGAGAAUAGAACGAGAGGAAAGAAACAAAUUCAGCCGAGAGUAUUUAGACAAAAGAGAAGAACAAAGACAAGCAAGAGAAGAAAGAUACAAAUACUUGGAGCAGUUGGCAGCUGAGGCGCAUGAGAAGGAACUGAGAAGCCGGAGUGCGAGCCGGGGCAGAGCUGACCUCUCCUUGGACCUGACCUCACCGGCAGCCCCCGCCUCCCCCGCCCCCCUGGGUCGUAGCCCUUCGUCUCUAGACUCGCAGGAGGUUCCCACGGUAUCAUCCUCCUCCCCAGGAACGCCUCAGCAUCCCCAAGCCAGUGCCGGGGAGCCUGGGCCUGAACCGGAGGCAGACGUGGAGGCAGAGGUGGGGCAGGUGGCCGAUGAGGCCAGCCAGGAGCUAGCCCCUGCCAGCGCGGGAGCAGAGAGCGAGGUGGAGCGGGCCCUGGAGCCAGAGCACGAGGAGCGAGCCUCCCUGAGCGAGAAGGAGCGGCAGAAUGAGGCAGUGAACGAGCGUGACAACUGCUCGGCCUCCAGCGUCUCGUCCUCCAGCAGCACGUUGGAGAGGGAGGACAAGGAGGACAAGCUCUCCCGGGACAAGGGCACGGGUUUGUGGUCCGCGGGUGUUCAGGAUGCCGGUGUAAAUGAGCAGUGUGGCGACAUCCUCACCAACAAACGGUUCAUGCUGGACAUGCUGUAUGCCCAUAACAGAAAACCCGCGGAUGACGAGGAGAAGGGGGAGGGUGAGGCCGCGAGGACCGCGCAGGGGGCGGAGGCGGUAGCCAGCCUGGCCAGCCGGAUAUCCACCCUGCAGGCCAGUUCCCUGGCCCAGGAUGAGAGUGUCAAGAGGGUGGACGUUGGCUGUCUGGACAACCGGGGCAGUGUGAAAGCCUUCGCUGAGAAAUUCAACAGCGGGGACCUAGGGAGGGGAUCCAUCUCCCCUGACACGGAGCCCAAUGACAAGGUCGCAGAGAAGGCCUCGGCUCAGCCCAAGACGGAGUCCGACUACAUCUGGGACCAGCUCAUGGCCAAUCCCAGAGAGCUCAGAAUCCAGGACAUGGAUUUCACUGACCUGGGCGAGGAGGACGACAUUGACGUCCUGGACGUGGACUUGGGUCACCGAGAGGCCCCAGGGCCGCCUCCCCCGCCCCCAGUGCCUCCCCCUCCAGUCCCCGGUAAUUUAUUGGCUCCCCCUCCAGUAUUCAACGCUCCUCAGGGCUUAGGGUGGCCCCAGGUACCCAGGGGUCAGCCAGCAUUCACCAAGAAAAAGAAGACCAUCCGUCUGUUCUGGAAUGAAGUCCGGCCUUUUGAGUGGCCGUGUAAGAACAAUGGCCGCUGCAGAGAAUUCCUGUGGUCGAAACUGGAACCCAUUAAGGUGGACACCUCCAAGCUGGAGCACCUGUUUGAGUCUAAAUCGAAGGAACUGUCCGUCUCCAAGAAAACGGCUGCAGAUGGAAAAAAGCAGGAGAUCAUUGUCCUGGACUCCAAGAGGAGCAAUGCUAUUAAUAUUGGCCUGACGGUCCUGCCCCCUCCAAGAACGAUUAAGAUAGCCAUUUUGAAUUUUGAUGAAUAUGCCUUAAACAAAGAAGGGAUUGAGAAAAUUCUAACCAUGAUUCCCACUGAAGAGGAAAAGCAGAAGAUUCAGGAAGCACAGCUGGCCAACCCUGAGGUGCCCCUGGGCAGCGCAGAGCAGUUCCUCCUGACCCUCUCCUCCAUCAGUGAGCUCUCGGCACGGCUCCACCUCUGGGCAUUCAAAAUGGAUUAUGAAACUACAGAAAAGGAAGUGGCAGAACCACUUUUGGACCUGAAGGAAGGAAUAGACCAGUUGGAGAACAAUAAAACCUUGGGCUUUAUCCUGUCUACUCUCUUAGCCAUUGGGAACUUUCUAAAUGGAACUAAUGCCAAAGCGUUUGAGUUAAGCUACCUCGAGAAGGUUCCGGAAGUCAAAGACACAGUGCACAAGCAGUCGCUUCUCCAUCACGUGUGCACCAUGGUGGUGGAAAACUUCCCAGACAGCUCAGAUCUGUACUCGGAGAUUGGGGCCGUCACCAGGUCAGCCAAGGUUGACUUUGAUCAACUUCAGGAUAAUUUAUGUCAGAUGGAGAGACGAUGCAAAGCUUCAUGGGAUCACCUCAAGGCAAUUGCAAAACAUGAAAUGAAACCAGUUUUAAAACAACGAAUGUCAGAGUUCCUAAAAGACUGUGCAGAGCGAAUUAUAAUUUUAAAAAUUGUCCACAGAAGAAUAAUUAACAGGUUCCAUUCCUUUCUCCUCUUUAUGGGCCACCCACCGUAUGCGAUUCGGGAAGUGAACAUAAACAAGUUCUGCAGGAUCAUCAGUGAGUUUGCACUGGAGUACCGUACCACCAGGGAGAGAGUUUUGCAGCAGAAACAGAAACGGGCCAACCACAGAGAGAGAAACAAGACCCGGGGCAAGAUGAUCACUGAUACUGAUGAAGAAGACGAAGUUGAGUCUGGCAAGUUCUCCGGCGGUUCCCCGGCGCCCCCAAGCCAGCCACAGGGCCUGAGCUACGCAGAGGAUGCUGCUGAGCACGAGAACAUGAAGGCUGUGCUGAAGACCUCGUCCCCCGCCGUGGAGGACGCCACCCCGGCGCUGGGCGUCCGCACCCGCAGCCGCGCAAGCCGAGGAUCCACUAGUUCCUGGACCAUGGGCAUGGAUGACUCGCCUAACGUCACGGACGAUGCAGCUGAUGAGAUCAUGGACCGUAUCGUCAAGUCAGCCACCCAAGUGCCCAGCCAGCGAGUGGUGCCGCGGGAGAGGAAGCGCUCCCGCGCCAACCGGAAGUCUCUGCGGAGGACCCUGAAGAGCGGCCUGACUCCGGAAGAAGCGCGGGCGCUGGGCCUGGUGGGCACCUCGGAGCUGCAGCUGUGACCCCCACGGUGCCCUCAGAAGCCUGUCUGCACCGAGUGCGAGCUCCUGCUGGGGGGGAGCCCCUCCGGUGGGAGGUGCGGAGACUCUGACGCCUGAAGCUUCUGAAGGGGGGGCGCGCGUGUCUAGAUGUCACUGCCCGGCUUGUGACACCGACCCCGGCGUCCUCUUCCUGUUCUUUCUUCAUCGUGUCCGCUGUGUGUCUCUUUUUUUCCUUGGCACCUGGCUUAGUAGUUCCAAAGCGUGACACCUUUUCUGUGCCAGGAGCAGCCCCUUUUCAGGAGCAGGGCACUUCCGUCACAGUUACCAUGGUCAUGAUGCAGUUUGGUUAGGUUCACAGACUGGGUCCCUCCACAACACCAAGACAUGCAGAUGUCCACUCCAAAACUGUACACAGAAGAAAGCACAGAUUGUUUACUGGUUGUGGAUUUUAGAUGUAUUAUUAAUAAAUGUUUAUACAAAUUCAUAAAUGUACACCCUGUUUCAAAUACUAAAUAAACAGAGUUUAAUGCCGUAACUGGAAACCUUUAUUCUCCUGUGUAGAACCUUAAAUAGCUCCAUAGGCUCAGCUCCUUCUGGAUCCACGAAACCUCUUCUCAGGUUCGUGAGAAGGACUCUGGCUCCGUAUGGCCUCCAAGCCCUUUGGAUUUCCUUUUGUUUAUUAAUUGAGUGAGAAACGCUGAUGUGUGCUCUUUGUAACUCCAGAAUAAUUAGGCACGGUCUUCCUGGCAGUACAAGUUAGCAAUAACCUCCCAUGUAUCACCUUACCCGCAUGCUUUGUUUUUGCUCCUUUGUGAUGCUGAAGGAAAAACUAGCGUUUAAAAAAUCUAAAUUCUGCAACUCACUCACAGGCCUCUGAUGUAAAAAUUCAUUUUCUCAAAGAAUUUACUAAGUCACCAAAAGAAAAAUGAAAAGUUGAAGCUUUGUCUGCAGAAAACUUCAGAAUGAGAAGUACUGUCCUUGGCACUCAAGCACAGCCAUCAGAAGCUCAGGCGUCUAGAGGGGAAGAUGCUUGAGGUGCUUUCAACCACAGAGCCAGUCUGAGGGGCCUGAAGAACCUCCACCUCCGAAAACAGGGGACGGUCAACAAUUGCCGUUGCUCAGUCACGUCAGACUCUUUGCAACCCCAUGAACUGUAGCCCACCAGGCUCCUCUGUCUAUGGGAUUCUCCAGGCAAGAAUACUGAAGGGGGUUGCCAUUCCCUUUUCCAGGGGAUCUUCCCAACCCAGGGAUUACACCCAGGUCUCCCACACUGCAGGCAGAUUCUUUACCAUCUGAGCCACCAGGGAAGCACAGUAUUCACGGGAUGGUGUCAAAAGAUGGUGAGGUCACCAGUUCUAUCAGUGUCUCACCUCCAGAACCUCUGUGACCCUGUGUUCCUGAAUCUGAGAAGGUGUCAUGUAGAGACAGGAUGCAGUCAUGUGGUCUGAAGCGCUGAAGAUAAUAUAUUCACCCCACUGGCCUUUGUGACUGUGCCCAGCGCCCCCCCCCAACCUUCUGCAUCUCCACUCUCUGGGAGACAGGGAGCUCUUUCAAACAGGCAUUUGUCAAAUAAUACGUGAGUACCCCAGAGAGCCUAGAACCUGCAAAAGUUAGGUCUGUGUAUUCCAGACGGCUGAGUUUAUUUAAUCACUUUAUUGAAAAGGGUGCAUAGGGUAUUAAUGUUUAUUUCCUUAUGGUUCCAAAUAACAUGUAUUAUAUUCCACAUGUGGUUUAAUGGUUUGUCAAAGCCUCAGCCUGGAAUAUGAACAUGGAAUUUCUGUAUCACUGGGGAUCGUGAUGGGCAAAGAAAUGGAAGAUGAAUUUUUUUCCUACGGAUUUCAUGAACAAAUAUUUUGAUGCCCUUCCAGGGGUCCCUGGUGUUCUGCUGAGAGUUCCUGCUGUAGAAUAAAAGGUCACAUUUGGAAAGAAGUGACUGAAUAAAUCUAAUGUUAAUUUUAAUUUUAUUUUAAUGGAUUAAAACAUUCUUAGAGGGAGCAAGCUAAGUCAUAAUUUCUUGGUUACAGCUAGGUAAAGAACGCCUCCUUUUACUGGGAAUUGGUUAGUAGUUUUUAGUGAAUCUGAGUGAUUUUCUUCUGUAGUUCAUUUCCUCUCCUUGUCACCAUUCAUUCUGUCUGCCUCUACUGGUGUUUUUAAUUCAAGAAGUUAAAUUUUUCUUAAAGACUUUUGAGAAGCAUUAAAUUGAAUAGUACUUUG